AUGCCGCGCUCCGCACCAUCGUCGCCCACAAAGAAGGCGCAGCCUGCCUCUCUUGCUGCCGAAAAGCCGAGCGCGCAACUGUCUGCAGCUAUGGACGUCGAUGCGGAGCCCUCGAACCAAGACGCUUCGACGAGCCAGGCGGCCGCCUCGGGCAAGAACCGUAGCCGCAAGAGCAAAAAGAGCAUCUUCCGCUCCAAGGAUCGCUCUGCCGCUUUCUCGCCCUUCCAAACCAUCAGCGAAGGCCGCGUAUCGCGUCUGCCGGUCAUCUUCACCCGCGAUGCCGACUACUUCUUCGCAGUCUCCAAAACAUCGGUGCGCAUCUACUCGCGCACCACCGGUCAGGUCGUCUCGACGCUCUCCAGCGGCCCAGGAUCGCACUUUGCCGCCAUCACCGCCAUCAUGAUCAACCCGGCGAAUCCUCUGCAGCUGCUCACCGCAUCGCUCGACGGCUGCGUCAAGGUCUGGGACUUUCUCGACGGCAUUCUGCUCUCCUCCUUCGACCUCCAGCUUCCCAUCUCGGGAAUGACCGCGCACGAGUCCAGCCCCAACACGCUCUACGUGCUCUUGAAGAAGUUCCGCCACCGUGAUGCCGACACUGCUCCCAAGAACCUGUCCGAGAUCCUGGCUGUGCUCGAGAGCGGCGCGCCUUUCAACAGCAUCAUCGCUCACUUCAGCCUCGACCUCGCCUCCCACGCACACGCCUAUCCCGCCUUGCCCAAGUUCGCCCGUGGCGCUUCCAUCCGCCCCGAAGUCUCACGUAUCGGCAAGACGCGCGAGGCUGUCUCCAUCGGCGUUUCGCCCAACGGCGAAUGGCUCGUCGUCGUCGGAAACGACAAGGUCCAGGUCGCCAGGACGCACGACCUUGCCUCGGGCUUCACCCGUUUCAUCUCCUCCCAUCCCGGCGCACAGCAUCAGCGCGAUUCGAUGACUUGCAUGGCCUUCCACCCCACCGACCCGACCCGUCUUGUCACUGGCGACGCUUCCGGUCGCAUUCGCGUCUGGUACUGCCUUCAAAAGAACUUCAUGGCUCCUUCCAAAGCAGAGGCGGAUGACGGCAUGGAAAGGCAUGCACCCUCGACCGUCUUGCACUGGCACGCCCAUGCCGUCUCCUCGCUUUGCUUCUCGCCCAACGGAGCUCACCUUCUCUCCGGAGGCGAAGAGGGUGUCCUCGUCGUCUGGCACUUGGGCGCUUCGGGCAACGCCGCCUCCAAAGAGUUUGUCCCGCGUCUGGGCGCCCCGCUCUCGGCCAUCGCCGUCGCCAACGGACUGGACGGAAGGGAGCAGGAGUACGCGGUCUCGCUGGCCGACGGCAGCAUCACCUUUGUCUCGUCCAUGUCGCUCAAACCCACCAGGAGCUUCACCCGUAUCAAGAUCGACGCAUCGCGCUACCUUCCAGGCGCCUCGCUCCCAGCCAGCACGCAUGUGCCGCUCGCCGUGCAUCCCGCAAGCCGCAACAUCGUUCUCUUGGCCGGCCAUCCGUCGUCUCUGCAAUUCUACGACCCCAUAAAGGAUGCCAACACCGCCGAGCUCGAAGUCGCCCCCUCCAACCGCGUCUCGCGUGUGGAAGAUGAACAGAUCGAGCCCACCCGCGUCGAGCGCGUCGUCUUCUCCCCCUUCAUUUCCGCCAAGACGGCUGAGGCCGGCGAGUGGAUGGUCACCUUCGACAGUCGCAACCUCUCCGAUGGCGACGACGACGUCGAGGUGAUCGCCGAGUCCAGCCUCAAGUUCUGGAGGUGGAAUCCCAUCAACCGACGCUACGUGCUCAACACCCGCAUCGACCGACCCCACAACGCACGACGCAUCACCUCCAUCACCUUUUCGCCCAUCGACGCGCUCGUCGUCACCACCGCCACCGAUGGAAAGGUGCGCACUUGGCACUUGGCCUCGCGCAAACUCAAGUCGGGCAAGAACGAAAGCUAUUGGGCCUGCCGCUCCGUCUUCGGCUACCGCCAGCAGCUUCCCACUACCACUGCCUUCUCUGCCGACGGCUCGAUCCUUGCUGUUGGCCAGGUCGGUUCUGUCACGCUGUGGAGCCCCGAGAGCAACCUCAUGUCGAUGGUCAUCUCUGCUCCCGAGUUGGCCAACGGAGUGGAAAGCCUUGCCUUCUCCGGCCGCUACCUCGGCAUCGCUGCGGGCUCGGCGGUGCUCGUUUGGGAUCUAAUCCUCUCGCGCCAAGUCUCACGCAAAGGGCUCGAGACCGGAAAGCAGGCCAACCUGCUCCUCCCAACCACUAGCUCAGCUGACACUGCCGAAGAAGUCGACCGACCCCUUUUCACGCUCGUGUCGUCUACUGCCGACGCACACGAUGCUGCUGGCUCAGAGGCCUCGGCGACUCGACAGGCAAAGACCAUCGUGGAGACCGUCUCGCUGGUCUCGGACCGCGAAAUGGCCACAUCGUCGGCUGCCGUGUCGGCCCAUGCCGCCAGCAAGGCAGCAUCGGGCUCGGGUCAGCGGGUGAUUUUCCGCACAUCGGUCGCUGCUGUAGCGCCCGUACCGCUGCCUGCCGGAGCGCGUGCUCAGGCACAGGACUUUGUCGCAGUCAGCACCGAGAUGGAUCUCGUCACCUUCUCAUCUUCGCCUUCGUCGUCGACCGCAGCCGGAGCGGACGCCACAGCAGAGAGCAUUCGGGGCAUUUCGAGCGUCAAGAAAACGCUCUUUGACGACCUCUUCGGUCCAUCGGCCUUCCAUGAUGCCCGCGACGAAGCGCAAGACGAUGACGACCAGGCUAGUGCCGUGGCUAACGCCAAUCUUGUCGCUGGCACCGUGGGCUCGGGAGUCGCUUCGCUGUUCUCGACGGCCCCGCAUCUUCUGCCACCUGCAACGCUCCUCUUUGACGCCUUCUUGUCCAAGAUGCUGCCUCCUGCCAUGGCGGCACCGUCGGCUGCCGCUGCACCGACAACGAAUGCCCAUCUGGACGCCACAGUCGACGACGUAGACAAGAAGGACGCAGAGGCACGAAAGGCAGACGCGGUUGCAUCAGGCGAACGCGGCAUCUCGGACGUUUUGCUCGCUGAUACAGACGAGUUGGUGGAGCUUUUCAAAAACCAGAUCCUGACUGAGGACGUCACGAAGACGGACGCGCCGGUCAAAGUGAACGGCACUUCGGCUGUAGCGACCCCGUCGAAGAAGUCUUCGACUCCGGUCAAAGCCAAUGGUGUCUCCAAAACUCCGCUCUCUAAAGGCCUCUCCGCUGCAAGCCAGAACGGCACGCCGCUCACACCCGCUGGCUCCAAGCAGGAGGCGCUCGUCCAGUCGCCUUCGGUGUCUUCCAGGAAGCGCAAGCAGUGA